CUUACAACAACUCUCUUUACAAAUUUAUGAUGUCUCUUCGGGAAAUUCUUGAAAAAACUGCCGCGGGGUGGAUAUCGGAUCUAGAGAGCCGCUCAUUGGACCAGGUUGUUUCGAGAUGGACAGAUGAUAUUCACUACACGGUUCAUCCAGAUACAGAGGGGGUAUUUCCAAUGACCAGAGAACAAUUCCGGACCUACGACCGUGCAGCAGGCUUCUUCAAGCUUCUACAGACAUUCAAAAUUACCAUCAAUGACAUAUACACAGAUGUGAAAAAACGGACGGUCACGAUGCUUUGUAGCAGUGAGGGACGAUUGGAAGCAGGUCCAUAUGGCACGGAUUAUGUUUUCGUGCUCACUAUGACAGAGGACGGAAACAAAAUCAAGAAAUUAUCCGAGUGGCCGGAUUUUCACAAGGUCCAGGCAGUACUCAAUAAGACGGUUUAAUGAGUUGGGGAUUUACUGUCUUUGGGGAAGUUGGUCUUUGGUCAGACCCUUAAC